UGGUACUGGGUAAAAAAUUUAUUCAAAACAUGGUUCACACUGCAAAUACAAAAGAGUAUCACAAUGCUAUUUUAGGAACCACGGGUGCUUAUAUUGAAGUGGAUGACAGAUCAGAUAAUAAACAGUCCCUAGUAUGUUUUGCUGAUCAUGAAUCAUGGCCUGAUGAUCUUGAAUCAAUCAACCUGUCUCAAAAAGUUGACAUGUUAACUAAUAUAUGGCUAUUCAAGAAACAAUGGAUUCACAUAUUGUUCCAGGAAAAUAAUAUGGAAUCUGUAAAAAUUCCUUUUGGCUUUUUUUUUUCUUUUUCACUCAAAUAUCAUGCAAACAUUCCUUCUUACAUCCUACCAACUAACCAUCAUGAUGAAGAUUCUUGGGGUGAUAGAAAUUUAAUACAACAAAAGAAAUGCAAAGACCUUAAAUCGAAUUUUGAUACUGAUGAAUCAUGGAAUUAUUACAUUGAACGUGGCUAUCCUCUAGUUUUCAAGGAAAAUUUGUUAAUGAAUUCCCAGUUGAAUAAGAUUCUAUUCGUGGUUGAUAGUUAUGAUCAGGGGAAAACAUUUAGGCCAUUAUUUUGUAAAUUAUCCAUGAUUAAGGAUAACUUGGUCAAUGUAUUAUUUGCCGACUUUUCACAAGAAUCCUCUAAUUCAAAUAUGAAAGGAUUCAUCGAGUAUUCGUCAGAUUGUAAUGUUGAAAUAUAUGAUUUAAGCAUUCAAGCAGAAUUUCAAAAUAGCUUUCCUACUCAAGAUGAGAUAAACCUAAAGAGCAGAAUGCUUUAUGGUGUUAAUCGUAUGCUACAUUAUUUCAAACCAGAAGUU